AUGAGAUUCUCGACAUCGUCUGCGCUCAUGGGCGCGCUGCCUUUGGCGGCUGCUUUCCCUUUGGAGUUCAUUGAGAAAUUCCAGAGUGAUCCAGAGAUGCAGGCCCGCGCGAGCCAACUCAUCGGCAAGCGACAGGCUGGUGCUGAUGCAGCUACUGGCCUUUUCGAGGCCAUUCCGACCUUCGAUGCGUCGAAGCAGCUCAUCGAUGUUGGUCCUGGCAGUGGACACGAAUGGGUAGCGCCAGGCCCAAACGACCUGCGCGGCGUGUGCCCGGGUCUGAAUGCCUUUGCCAACCACGGCUUCUUGCCACACAACGGGUACGCAACUGUUCAGCAGUACAUCGAUGCCACCAUGGAGGUCGUCGGCAUGGGCGCUGACCUUGCUGCCUUCCUCGCAAUCCUUGGUGCCCUGAUCGACUCCGGCGAUUUAAUGGCAUGGUCGAUGGGCGGUACUCCAGGUCCAGGUAUUGGCGGGCUUCUCGCCUCCAAGGGCAAUGGUCUCAUCGGUUCCCACAACAAGUACGAGAACGAUGUCAGCCCAACCCGACCAGACUUGUACGAGUCCGGCAACAACUACAUUACCCAAGCUUCGCAAUUUCAAGACAUGAUCAACGCAUCGCCAGGUGGUUUCGUCACCCUCGACAGUCUUGCUGAAUACCGAUCUCAACGAUUCGAUCGACAAGUCGCCAACAACCCAUACUUCUUCAACGGCCCCUUCCCCGGUCUCUUGGUGCAACCUGCUGCGUUCGCCUUCAUCUACCGAUUCAUGGCCAACCAUUCGGCCGAGGACCCUAUUGGAACACUGUCAUAUGACACCGUCGCAUCGUGGUUUGGUAUUGCUGGCGAGAACGGUGCCUACACUGCGCCAUUCGGCUACGAGCGAAUCCCAGAGAACUGGUACCGCCGCUCCACUACCGCGCCAUACACAAUCCCGUACUUCCUCGGCGAUGUCCUCAACUUCGCUGCACUGCACCCAAAGUUCCUCGACAUUGGUGGAAACCUCGAUGGCAAGACCAACAACUUCGCGGGAGUCAACGUUGAGGAUCUUUCUGGCGGACUCUUCAACAGCGCCGAUCUUCUCAAGGGCAACAACCUUGGCUGCUUCGCUUUCCAGACUGCUGCUCAGGUCAAGGCUGAUCUGCUCCUUGACAACGUCCUUGGCACGCUCCAGGAUACUAUCGGCAGCAUCGUUACGCAGCUUAGCUGCCCGCAGCUCGAAGCUAUCGAUGAGGCACAAUUGGAGCGGUUCCCAGGCUACCGGAAGUCCCCGUUCUUGAAGAGCAGAGCACUCAGGAAGAAUGGCGAGGUUGAGUAG